AUGAAGGAAGAAGAAGAAGAUGUAGUCGAGAUCAAAAAGUAUUUGGCCACUGGUCCAGGAGCCGGAAGGGAACCUUCCAGUUCGGUGUCUGCAGUGCCACCAAUCGUAUGCUACUGUCUCGCAUCAAUUAUCAUGACUGUCGUGAACAAAUUCGUCGUGUCAGGGCGGCAAUUCAACAUGAAUUUUCUGCUUCUAUGCAUUCAGUCCACUGUCUGCGUUGCAUGCGUGAUGUUCGUCAAGAAACUCGGAAUCAUCUCAUUCCGGUCGUUUGACACGAAGGACGCGAAGAUGUGGUUCCCCAUUAGUUUCCUCCUCGUCCUCGUGAUAUAUACAGGGUCCAAGAGUCUGCAAUAUCUCAGUAUUCCUGUCUACACGAUCUUCAAGAACCUGACGAUCAUUCUCAUAGCCUAUGGGGAGCUCAUCUGGUUUGGCGGGCGCGUUACCGCCCUAACGUUUGUCUCAUUUAUCAUGAUGGUUAUUUCGUCCGUCAUCGCCGCAUGGGCAGAUAUCAGCGAUGCCUUGAUCGCAGGCGAUCCGGCGGUCGCAGAAAGCAUUAGCAUGGGCCGUCUUGCAGCUGUGAAGGGGAUCGUCACUAACCUGAACGUUGGUUACUUCUGGAUGCUGGUCAAUUGCUUGACUAGUGCUACAUACGUGUUGGCGAUGCGCAGCAAGAUCAAGGCUGCAGGAUUUUCGGACUGGGACUCCAUGUUCUACAACAACCUGCUAUCCAUCCCCGUAUUGGUGGUAUUCUCUCUCAUCGCGGAAAACUGGGGAUAUGAGAAUUUGAAUCGCAACUUCCCUGCGGAGACAAGAUCCUUCCUCUUGUUUGCUAUUGGCUUCUCCGGUGCGGCGGCGGUCGGCAUCUCGUAUACGACCGCGUGGUGCAUACGAGUGACCAGCAGCACGACGUACAGUAUGGUCGGCGCACUCAACAAACUCCCUGUUGCCGCGUCUGGAAUGAUCUUCUUCGGUGAUGCCGUCACCUUUGGAUCAGUCUCAGCCGUUGGGGUUGGUUUCUUUGCCGGUCUCGUCUACGCCGUGGCCAAGAACAACCAGAAGAAGGCCGAGAGCGUCGCGCAACAGGGCGUAGGCAUCAUCCCCAUGAGUCGGAAGACAUAA